AAUUCGAAGCAUGAUCUUUCUGCAGCUCUGGUGGACACUGAUGGUGCUCACGGGCAGCACAACAGCGGAGGGCGGAUCUCAAGCGGGCAGCGUGCAAUUGAGCAAGUUUCAUCAUUCCGUAAAUGAGGCACGUGACCAGCUGCACGAACUGCAGUCGAACUAUGAUCAGGUGCAGGCUGACGAGCUAUAUCGGCCCAGACGCAACAGCAUUGACGAUCUGUUGGCGAGCUUUGCGCAGGCGACUGAUAAGGAACGGAAUGACAAGGACGAGGAUCAGUCGCUGCAGCAGGCGGCAGAUGAUUGGUUUCGCGAUUUAAAUGCGGGCAUGGAGCAGCGAGUGAACGCGGAUGCAGCGCCAUCAGCAGUUGCGGUCAAACAUUUGCGUGCAGCAGGCAAGAGUCAGGCAACCAACAAUGGUUUGGCUUCAGAGCAAACCGAGGUGGCCAAAGUCAAGAAAAAGUACAAGGAUAUGAGUGAGGAACAUCUACCUCUAUAUGUACUGCCAGAAAAGCAGCCCUACGAAACUGUUAAAGGUGGCGCCACCGAACUGGACAUUAAGUUGAAGCAUGUGCAACAGCAGCUGCACAAUCAGGAACAGCAGCAGCAUAUGCUACAGCAGCAGAGGGAGGAAAAAAAGGAUUUCAGGACGAGCAAGGAGAGAGAGAGGGAGAGGGAGAGUCAACUGCCCCAAUAUGGCGACAAUCCUGUGCCAGAUGGGGUAUACGAGCAAACGCUGGCACGCCUCCAAUUCUCACGCAACAAUGCAAAUAAUCUGUCGCACGAGGCCAACUACAAGCUAUCCAAAAUCGAACAGGAGGCUGCUGAAGCGAGAAGCAAGUCGCGCUAUCCCGCUGGCCUAAGGAAACGUAGCUCCACCUCAGGUUUCAAUCCCAUGAACGAGAUCAAGCUGAAGACCAGCAAUAGAUUAAUGCGCAAGGGAAUGGGCCCAUCGCUGCCCAGCAAUGCGCUGACGGACACAAUGCGUGCCCACUAUGUGGAUGAUCUGAUAAUGCGACGGGAGCGAAAGAUGCAGCGACAAAAGGAGCAACAGGAACAACUGCAUGGGAAUGAGAAAAACGCAAUGCUUCAACCAUAUGAUACUCUGGACUCUCCAGAUGCAAGCUCCAUGUCAAGUUCCAGCUCUAAUGUGAACCUUUAUGACACACCGCAAAGCUACGAUUAUCGCUUGCCCCACAUUGAUCAGUUCCAUGCACUCAGCCAGCGCGUCUUGCCCCAUAUGCGAGAUUAUGCACAUGCCAAUGCCAGACUGAAGAUGGAACGGGAUCGGGAACGCUUCAAGCGACAUCCAGAGCAGCUGAAGCAAUCGGAAACGAUAAAGGAGAAGUGUGAGAAUGCCAUGGAGUCGGAAAAGGCAGUGAGUAAGCUGCCCGAAGCGGAGGAUCUCAUGGCCAAGCUGGCUGCAAAGGAUUCGCCUGUAGUCAAAGAGAAGCCCAGUCAUGAGUUGGAAAUGGCUAGCAAUGUCAAAGCAGGACCAGAGCUCAAUUCAGCUCAACCCGCUGCACCUGUCAAAGCUGAUACUGCCGAACAGUCCAAGGCGGAAAUAAAGUUAAUAACUGAUGAUAAGAAACAGCUGGAAGUCAAUCUCAAUCAGCACAAUAUUCAGAACACAGAUCAGAGACCGCUCAACGAAGCCAAAUCGCAGCUGGAAGCAAAGCCUGUGGCUCAGUUGACUGCCAAAAAUCAAAACGUUGACUUACAGCCGACUAAUAAAAAUGGAAAACUGAAGAGGGAUGAUAAAGCCUUUCGCAGUGUACUCUGCAAGAGUCAUCCGGAUGCUGUGGUUAAGUUGCUAGCGAAUAAAAUUUCACAGCACGCCAACGACAAAGACCGCGAUAAGCGUCAUGCGAAACGCUGGAGCUGGCAAAGAGUGCAUCGCCAGAAGGUGGGUCAUAAUGGUAACAUGGCCAAUGAGGUGGUUCAUCAUAAGCGACGCAGUAAGCGUUCGGUGGAGCAGCCAGUGGUGCAGGUGGUGUUGCACUUAGAUGGACAGUCAAAGCUGGAUUCAGUAUCUAGACCAGAUUUAAAAAAGGCACCAGUUCCGACAGUGGUGGAGUCAGGAGUGCAGUUGGUGGUAAAGUCACUGGAACAGUCACAAGUACAAUCCCCGAUAAAGUCGCAGUCUGAGUCACAACUUACCUCACAAAUUGGGCAACAAUCUAAGCCACAACUUGAACCACAAUUGAAGCUAUUGGCACAGUCAAAUGAGGCAACCCAUCAUAAGCGACCAAAUAAACGAUCUGUGGGGCGGACAGAGGCACAAUCGGAGUCUCAGCUGGAGCCACAAUCACAGGCACAGUUACAAACACAGUCUGAUCCACAUUCAGAUCCACAGUCUAAUGUUUACUCGGAGUCACAAUUGGGGCCACAGUUUGUGGCACAUUCCAAAAUGGAGCUACAACUGCAGCCACAAUAUCAGAAACAGUUUGAUACACAGGAACCACAAUUACAUUCUCAGUCCCAGACAUACCCAGACCUGGAGACCCAAUCAGACUUGCAGUCACAAGCACAAUCACAAGCACAGCUAGGUCCACAAUUGGAGCCACAGUCCAUAGUUCAGCCAAACCAACAGAGAGAUAAAGAGUCCCAUCAGCAGCAUUCCGUAUUGCUCGAUUCUUUUGCGGAUCAGAAUGGCAAUCGGGAAGGCUUUGGUAGUCAGGAUACCAGCAAGUUGACCAGAUUGGCAGGUGAAUACGAAGAGGAAGGAAAUGAUGAAACGCUGCACUAUCCAAGACAACAGCUGUUGGGGUUUAAGGAUGAGCAAAAUGCUAACGAAUUCAAUAGCAAUCCCUAUUUCAAUUCACGCUAUCAGGUGCCGAUGUUAAAUCCUCGCAGCAACUACAAUAAUUUGGCUUAUCAGCAACAGCAGCAGCAGCUGCAGCAGCAACCAUUUCAGCAACCGCAAAUGUUGCCACAGCAGCUGCAACAACAACAGCAGCAACCGGCAAAUAGCUUAAAGCCCAAUAUUAACUUAACACACUUCUUCAGUGAGCUGGCAAAGCAACAUCAACAACAGAUGCAACAGCAACAGCUGCAUCAACCAGUGAACCAGCAGCAGCAAUCGCAGCUGCAACAGCAGCAACAAGCUAACCUGGAAGCCAACCAGCCCAAGGCUUUGUUUGGCGCACAUCGUUACUUUACACCUCUAUUCAACAAGGCCAAGCUAAAUGUGCAGCCCGAUCCUUGCUUGACAGCAGCAGCAGCAACAACAGCAGCAGCAGCAGCAGCAACAACAGCAGCACCAACAGCAGCAACAACAGCAGCAACAACAGCAGCAACAACAACAGCAUCUAGUGCCGGUGGCACCACCAUGAAUCCCGACUGUGUGCCCAUCGCAACAGAAGCAGACAGUACAACAUCAGCAGCGCCUGACAAGGUUACAUCGAAUCCCUGCAACGCUGCUGAUGCAGUUAAGCUGAAUGUGUCCCUUAAUGCGCACGUGUGCAGCGAUCCAAAGACCAAGCAGCUCUAUGGGAACGGCUCGAUCUGUGUGCAGCCAAGCAAUCAGCGAAUCAAUCCGGAGACGUACUCCAACCUGGAGGAUGCACUGGUGGAUGAGACAGAUGAAGACCUAGACAGCGAUGAGCGUUACUCCAGGCAGGCCAGGGAACGCAGUGAGACAAAUGAUAAAAGAAGCCAGAAGGGCAAGAAGCAUCCGGCAGGCAGCACAAAAAAGUCAGAAACAACAAAAGUUCCCAAAGGACAGACGACCAAAAGCACUGCAACUACUGGCUCCUGUACCACCUCUAAUCAUACCAGCACUCAUCAUACGGAACUGGAGGAAAACUACAGCGAGGAUUUUGAAAAACUAGUUUCCGGCAGGUUAUCGAAAGACAUUGUGCAUGCCGUCUUCGAGAUGGUCACCAAUGAUCCCAGCCUAGAUACACUGUACUCUGUGCUCUCGCGCAAUCGAAAGUGCACCUACAAGCGACCCCCGAUCUUCUACCAGAUACGAAACGACAAAAGCGAGAAGCAAUUGCAGCAGACCGAGGAGAUGGUGCGUCGAACCAUGGAGUCCAUUAGCGAUAUUAUUGAUAAGCAAAUGCAGCAGAGAAACUGCAUCCCACUGCGCCCGGAUCUGGUGGAAUUCUAUAACAUGAUCAUGAGAUCAAAUGCUCAGCAGCAGAAGUCGCGCGAGAAGCGUGAAUCCAAUCUGCGACUGCUCGUUGAUCACAAUAAGAAGCAGCGUAUCCUAAAACCGGCCAACAUUGAGCAGAAGUCACGAAUUGUCAAGAAGCUGUUGCGGCAGUACGAGAAACUACCUGUGAAGGAGCAGCUCCACGCUGCCGGCAUGCGAGAUGAGCUGCUCAUGGAUUUGAUCUAUCUCCGCAAAAUGGUGGACUCAUUGGAGCGCAGCCAGCGCAAGGCACAAUUGCAGAGCGUUCUGGACAAGACGAGCAACAGCGAGUCCAUCGAUGCAGAUAAGCAGAUGAAUCUGGAUUAUUCACCACGUUUCCUCAAGCUGCUGAAGGCGGCGGAAAUCUACAAGGAGGUUGGCGAGCAACAAGCAAAAACCUAUAUUGGACUCUGAAUCGAAUGUUAAUUCGUUUUAUUUUUCUUCAAGUUGAUUAAAUUCGUAUAUUUCUUAAAACUAGUUCGAUUUAAUUUUCGUUUUGUGCAAUUCUAAAUGUAACUUUAUUCUGAGCUGGAAUAUAGGC